UAGAUUUAUGAAAAAAAAAAAAAAAUUAUCUGAUACAUUUUUACAGCAGUUUAAUAUAGUGGAUGUUUUCAUGAAAUUGCCAUUUGUGCAUUAGCUCCGCCCACUACCGGAGAAACCGGAAUAUCUUCUGCCUGUUCGAAAAGGUUAAAUAAUUCUAAAUAAACUCCAUUAUUUUGACAGGAGAAGACGACAAAAAUAUAGUUUACAUAUAGCGUGUCGAUUCAGCGUGGUAAGACUAUCUAUCUCUCUUUGCAUGUGUGAGAAACAGCGCUAUCAGCAAAGCGACGGAGAGUCGUUCAUCUUCACAAAGAGUCACACGCUUCAGUCUAUGUAGUAAACAAACCCGCACGUCUCUGCUAUUCAUUCAUUCACACAGAGACACGCAGAACAUGCAGGAUUCAUAUUUCAACCAUUUACAGAUACUGAUCCAUAUGGAGAUUUGAUUAGAAAAAUUUAUGCUAACUUUGACAAAUUCCAUCACGGUAAAAUGUAAUUUUAAUUAUCGUGACUGGAAAUUAAGAUUCCAUCUGCGUUUUCUGCUUCGCAGAUAUCAUAGUUCUGUAUGCAUCAAGAUCCAGGUUGCCCGGUCCUCGGAACCACCAGUACUUAAAGAAACCUUUAUCCAGUUUGGCUUUAUCCAGUGUGUCUGCUGCUGUAAACAUAUGGGCUUUAAAAUGAGGAUCCAGCAGGGUUGCCAACAUCAAACACUUGUUUUCUUCUAUUUUGGAAAACCUUUUUUCCAAGCUCUGCAUUGUCUGCCUCAGCGCUCAAAUUUCUCUUGUUUUGGGAAUCUCUACUUGAAGGGGCAUUUUCAGCACAGCAAUGCUUGGACUAAUGCAUGAGGAAGAUGAUUCAGCUUUGCUCAUUUCAAGGGUGACUUCUUCAUUGGGACCCAGUGUCUUUACAAGAUUUGAAAUUAUAUCCCAUUGAUCUGCAGUCGGGAAUUCAAUUUUCCCAUGUUCCCCUGCAUAAACACUCAGUGCACGCUUCUGCUCCAACAUUCUUUGCAGCAUGUCGUAGUGUUAUUGACUACACCACUAGCCACGUUUCCACUAUUGGGCCAAAAGUGGGCAUGCUAAUGCAUGCCAGGGCCAGUCUCGUUUCCACUGUCACUUCCUGUGCUUUACCGUGCCUCGUUUGUGCCCAACGAAAACCUUGGGCCAAAACGGGUUAGCUGGGGCUAGAGGAGUGGUUAUGAACAAAGGCAGAGUAUCUACCGGAGUAUCUAACUAAUUAAAAUAAAUUGAGCUCAAAACUCACUUUCAGUCAGCAGUGAAUGGUUGAAAUAAUUAGAUCCUUUGUGGAUUAUAAUCACCAUACAAAGCAGAAAUAUUUAUGAACAAUGCAAAAGGCUGCACGCUAGGCAUUAACUUGCCAUAAACAUGGUCAAUGGUCAGACUUUUGGAUUUAAAUAUUCAACAAAGCAUGCAAACAAAUGGCUGAUUUUAUCCUGUUCAUUUUGUGAUUGCGCUAGUUCCAGUGACUUGUUUCUUAUUAGUUUUCUGAUAACUUCUCUUUGUUGGUGAAAUUAUGGAGUUGCACGACGUUGUUCCUGAGAGGCAUGUAAAGGGAGGGCUUUAGUGUAGCGCAGCGCAGCUUCUGGUCCAUUGGUGGAAAUGCAGUGCUAUUCUGGCCUCGGUACUACAGGUCAGAGGCUAUUAGCCCCGCAUGGCCUGUUUAAAGCACUUGCUCGCACUGGCCCAACAGUGGAACAGCAGCUACUGAUCUAACAGCACUACAGUAGAGAUGUAGCCACAAUCACAUGUCAAAAGUAGUAAAUUUAAUAAGCACAGUUUAUGUAUUAUGAUGGAGCUUAAAUCCUUAAAUGAAAUCUUCUCAGAAAAACUGGAAAUAGUUCAUUAGAUCACCUUUUUUCUGAUAUUUUAGACAAAUGGUUGAAUUGUCCUGUGCCAGACUAUGCUUGUUUUUAGAUCAAGGGUUUAAUAACUGCAUGUACUUACAUUUUUUUGAGGUGUCCUAUAUACAGUUGCAAUCAAAAUUAUUCAACCCCCAUUACCUGCUAGACAUUUUGCUGCGCAAAACAAAAUUUUAUGAAAACAAUUCAACAAAGGCAUCAGUAAAGUAUUAGAGAGAGUUUCUAGAGAAAUUCAAAAUUGGCUCUAAACAUUCAUGUUUAAAAUUAUUCAACACCCAAAAAGUCAAAUUUUGCACAAAAUCAGAAUAAAGCCAACCCCAUAACAGGGCUUAUACACCUCCAAGUUUGACGAUGGAGAUGGUGUUCUUCUGUUUAUGAGCUUUGCCUCUUUUGCAGCAGACAUACCGCUGAUCCAUGGGUCCAAAAUGUUCCAGUUUGGUCACAUCACUCCAUAAAACGUUCUUCCAGAGCUCCACAGACCUCAUGUCGCUGAAAGAGGAGCGCAUAGUACUGAAUGAAACGGAAGAGAAUGAACAAUAUGAGACUCAUCAUGAUUUUAAAACUGGAGAAGAAUCUUUCUGUUGGCCACAGAUUAAAGAGACUUUCUCACAGAAGACUGCUCAUAAAACAGAAACUGAAAGUUAUUUUACACCUUUUCACUCUAAAAUGAGUUUCAAGGAACAUGAAAACCUGAAAGUACACAAUGGAGGGAAGGCAUUCCCCUGCCAACAGUGUGGAAAGAGUUUUGAUUGUAAUGGAAACCUUAACAGGCACAUGAGGGUUCACACUGGAGAGAAACCUCACAUCUGCCCUGAGUGUGGAAAGAGUUUUUAUCGUAAUGGAAACCUUAAAGAGCACAUGAGAGUUCACACUGGAGGAAAGCCUUUCCCCUGCAAACAGUGUGGAAAACGUUUUACUCAAAAAGGAAACCUUAACAGGCACAUAAGAGUUCACACUGGAGAGAAACCAUACACCUGCCAACAGUGUGGAAAGUGUUUCGAUCAUAAUGGAAACCUUAAAGUGCACAUGAGAAUUCACACUGGAGAGAAGUCUUUCACCUGUCAACAGUGUGGAUUCAAUUUCACUCUUAAAGGAAACCUUAAAUCCCACAUGAAAAUUCACACUGGAAAGAAGCCUUUCACCUGCCAACAGUGUGGAAAAAGUUUUACUCAAAAAGGAAACCUUAACAGGCACAUUAGAGUUCACACUGGAGAGAAACCAUACUCCUGUAAACAGUGCAGAGUCAGUUUCACUCAUGAUGGAACUCUGUACAGGCACAUGAGAGUUCACACUGGAGAGAGUUCCUUCACCUGCCAACAGUGUGGAAAAUGUUUUAGUAAAAAAUCAAACUGUAACAAGCACAUGAGAAAAUUACACGGCCUAUUUUCUACACAUUCUUGAUCAACACAUGAGGAUUCAACUGAGAGAACUUUUUUUUGUCAUCAGUGUGGAAGGAGUUUCUCAGACAGGAAUCAUGUAAUAAUGUUAUUUUGUGUAGGAAGCAGGAGUGAAGACCAGGGGCCUCAUUUAUAAAACUGUGCGUAGGAUCCUUACUAAAACUCUACGUACGCACAAAAGCCAAAAAUAGCGUACGCAAAAAAAUAUUCAGAUUUAUAAAACCAUGCGUACGCACACCUGCACGCAGUUUUCACUUUAUAAAUCACAGCCUACCUGAUAAUUUGCGCACGCAAAAAAAAAUAAUAAUUUACCGCCCUUAAUCCGCCCACAUUCAACCAUAUAUAGACAAUGCAAAUUACCUCAUUGGCCAUGCAUAUUAAAAGGAGCAAGGAAAUGUUUGUUUUUUUAAAAACAAAAUCAUGGCAGCAAUGGAGAGCAAAAGCAAGAAGCGAAAUUUCUCUGAGGCAGAAAUAGAGGUUCUUGUGAGUGAGGUGGACGAAAGGAAGGCUAUUUUGUUUGGUGGCCACAGCAGUGGAAUUACCAAUUAAAAAAAAUAUUUAGAGUGGCAACACAUCACUUCUGCGGUAAACGCAGUUGCUUCGGCAAACAGGACGGUUCCAGAUGUAAAAAAGAAGUGGUCCGAUCUUAAGGUGGGAGCAAAGAAAUGGCUUGCCUCUCACCGACAGAGUGUGUGUGCGACUGGUGGGGGCAAAGGCGUCCCCAAUGGAGACCCGAAUGGCCUCGAUUCUUGGCCAAACCAGUGUGUGUGGCAUUGUGUCUGAGAGGGAGGGAGACACAGAUGUGCUGGAUACAGGGGAACCAGGUAAAUAAAAUGUGUGCUCAAUUAAACAAAAUAAAUUAUACACUCAAAAAAGUCAACUAGCCACUUGUUUGAUUUGCAAAAUACAAAUAUGUCUGAUUAAUAAGAAUAUAAAAUGUUUACUUAUGUUAAAUGAUUCAUUCUUGUUAUUUGUAACUAAAUUAUUAUUCGAAGCAGUGCAAGUUUACUUGAUUUGAUUAGAUGCAUAAUGGGUGCUACGAAUAAAUCAUGUUCAUUCAACAAUUUAUUUUUUUUGAGUGUACAAUUGGUUUAGUCCUUAUUCUUGCAGAGUCUGCGGGAGACCAGUGUGACGAAACUCCCAGCGCAGAGUCUGCAGGGGCUAUGGAGUUUCCCGAGGUCCCCAGCACAAGUGAGUCCCGACCUUGUGGCACGGCGGGAAGUGGCCGGGUGCUGACUGAGGCUGUUCUGCAGACACAGAGAGACACCAUUAAUGCAAUAACUGUAAUCGCAGAUGAGCUUAAGCAAAUAAGGGUUGUGCUGGGUGACAUUGCAUCUACAUUAAAAGAUCUUGUUAAAAAAUGAA